AUGUAUGUUUCAGAGCGCCUAAAUCGCAGCGAUGCUGAAGACAAAAGCCUUUCAAAUGACGAGGCACCGUUACCGAUGUGUCCUCGACAGCCUCCUGAUGGUGUGGAAACGCCUUCUGAUGCGAUUGAGAAGAUACCAGAUUUACCCACUAGAUUACCCCCACGCUUGCCCUCAAACUGGCCGACCACUCGCCCACGGUUCUCAUAUACAUCUAGAACUCAAGAUGCGAGAAGCGAAGCCAGUGUAAAGGAUAAAAUAGCGAUGUUUUCAUCAGAUCUUGCAAUAUCCUCCGAUCGCAUAGACAAAUGUGGCACUUUGCCGGUUAGAUCUCAGUCUACUAUAAGAAAAAGUGUUACACCUUGUGUCAAAAACUAUACAGAAAUAUCGUCGUUAGAUAGGCGACUAACGAAAUCACAGGAUAACCUUGAUGAUACACCACGGUCGUAUAAAAGACACACGGAGCGACCUGAGGUUUUAGGUGGUGGUGAAAAUACAAUAAUAGAAACUAAACCCAUAAAAUUUAUUCAAAAAGAAGUAUUACAGAAACCAUUAUUCUAUGGCAGUACCAAUACUUUAGCUUCAGAGGCCACAUUCACAAGACCUGUUUUCCAUGGACGCAGUAUUAGUGAAGAUAAUAGUUCCAAACAUUCGGGAUCGCACAAGUCAAACUUAGAGUAUUUAAUAGAACAACGGAAAAAAUCAAUGUCGAAGUUACGAGGUUUAGUUAUACCUGAAAUGCAAGCACCCAUUAUAGAUUUACCUGAAAUAAAAGUCAAAGACAACUUAUCAAAAAUGUUCCUACAAAAAUCUAUAAAACCAGAAGUUAAGAGUGAAAAUAAGGUCAGCAAUGUUAGAGCAUUAACUUUCAAUGAUAGUAAAUGGAAAACAAAUUUCUUGCCUAAUAAUCUCCCCAAGUAUUCGCCUGCUUUUAAAAGGAAGUCAUUGCAAGUCUAUACACCGACAUCGUGCUUAUCUAAAGAAUCAACUCCAGAACGGAAAUUUGCUGAAAAAGUGGAAACUAUUAAUAAAAUUAACGCUGUUCAAAGUUUGCACAAGCCCUUAAGGGCUUCUUCAGAGAUAUCCAGAACCCAUUACAUUAAUUCUCCACUUGUAUAUAAGCAAUAUGAUAAAAAUAAUUUUAAUAAUAUACACAACUUUAAGAACGUUGAAGUUAAAAUUUGUACUACAACUGAGGUGAUUGACAGUGACAAUGAUUCAGCGAUGAGUUCCACUCAAUCCAGCUAUCGAUCUUCAGCUUCAUCGCCUAUGCAGCAUUUAGACCAUGUGGAAUCUGACAGCUCUCGCAUGUCACCCAAAAUUUUACACUAUGCUACAUACGUUAAGUCCGACUUUUUAGCAAAACCAAUCCACAUUGAUAAAAAUGCUGACGAAUACAUUAAACGGAAGGUCUGCCGUUCAGUAUCAUCAGAAACAAAUGUAUCUCUCAGUUCUUCAGCUGGAUCUGGUGCAACCUCCGGAUCGCAGGCGAGUUGUAGUUCUUUAGAAAGUUCUGUGGCAGACUCAGACAAGAGAAGAGUUUCAAAAACUUAUAAUGUCGAUACAAUAAAUAGAAGGAAUAUCCUCGCUUCUGCAAAAUGUAGGAGUGGUAGAGAUGCAAAGCUUAACUCGCCGGUAAUUGAAACUAAAUUCUCGCAUGAGUCUCAUGACAGAUCUCCUAGCCCAAUUUCUAGACCGCCUGAACGCCUUUCUACGCUCCCAUCCAAUGUGAGUGUCAUAACGAAUAAAGGCGACAGCAGGCGACGCAACAAAAUUGUUGUUGAAAGUGACUCUGACUCUGAAAGUGAAAUAACUAUUCGGCAAAGAAAGUCUGAUUUUAAGAACUCUAGAUUAAAACGAAAUUUGUCAGCAAAUAAUAAAACAAAACAAAAUGGUGUACCUGUUGAAACUGAUAGAAAUGAUGAAGUUCCACAAGUCAUUAAAGACAAAAUAAUGACGGAGAUUAAUAAAGCUGGACUGGAUGAUUAUAGUAGGAUAAGUAAGAAGACUACUUCCGAAAACAGCAAGGUUUAUCAAGGGACAACAGUAAAUAAUCAUAAUUAUAGAUUCGUGAAAAAUGAAGAAAAUAUUAAUACUAGUAUACAAGGUCAGAAAGAUUUAAAAAGUAGAAUCAAUGUAAAAUCUACUACACCAUUAAAUCUUAAAAUUACAUCACCUCAGUUGACUAAGAAUGAUACGCAACAACACGAAUGUAAAGAUAUUGGUAAAAUUGAAACUCAGAUAAUUCAUCUCAUAAAAGAAAAUGGUGCAGGCGUAGGUCUUAUAUUAGCUGGAGGUACAGAUUGUGAGGCAAAAGAUGUUACGGUCCAUCGUGUCUUAUCAGACAGUAUUGCAGCCAAGGCAGGAAUCAAAAAGGGAACAAAAAUUAAAAGUAUUAACGGCUGCCCAAUGACAGGCCUUACACAUGCGCAGUCGGUGUCGAUUUUAAAGGAGCAACGCUCUGAGGUCAUAAUCGAAAUUGAAAAUGAAAGAAACGGAAUCUCUAAGAAUUGCGGCUCUGACAAAGCGGAGUCGAAAGGCAAAACCAGUGUCAAGGAUGGCAAGAAAAGCAAUGCAUCAGUAGUUACUGUCCUUUUAGAAAAAGCCGGUGGCGGCGCUGGGUUAGGAUUUGGACUUGAUGGUGGGAGGGACUCGCCGAAUGGAGACAAACCACUUACUGUUAAGAAACUAUUUGCAGGUGGCGCUGCAGCUCAAAGCGGUCGUGUAUUGGUUGGUGCUGAACUUCUCUCGGCGGGAGGACAAUCGUUCGAAGGAUUCACACGUACGCAAGCGUGGGCGGCUUUAAAAGCUCUUCCUGCUGGACAAGUUGCUUUAGUAUUGAAAAACCCCAUAAAUUCCAAUAACUAG